AUGUCACAAUUAGGAAGAGUAAAACAAUGGAACACGUUUGCUCGCUGUUGGCAUUUGUUUGAUGCAGCUUGGCAAAAUCCUUUGGAAUGUUCUCCAACGAUUGAAAAGUAUUUAAAGGGGCUCAAUAAACCAAUUUAUCAUCCAUUAGUUGAUUGCGGCGAUCAUGUUGUGGUUAUAAACAGUAAACAAAUUGCAUUUCCUGGCGAGGAAUGGCGUCGACGUGCUUAUUUCCAUCAUACGGGAUAUUCAGGAGGAGCAACUUGGACUCCAGCUUGGGAAUUACAUGAUAGAGAUCCAACUAUGAUUUUCAGAAAAGCUGUUUAUCAUCACAUGAAAGGCAACUUAUUCAGAAGAGUAGUUAUGGAACGUUUACACAUUUACUCAGACUCUAACGUACCAGAAGAGGUUAUGGAGAAUAUUACCAACCAAAUUCCACCAUUAAGAUCUAUACCUAAAACACUGGGUUCUUAUAGUAAAGAAGAAAUUGAAAAAUACCCAAAGAUUAUAGAUUACCCCGAAGAUUUUAUUUUGUCAAAAAAUUAA